CUCACACUCCAUUUACGGAGAGAUAAUAGAUUGAUAUAUAUAUAUAUAUGCGUGUGUAACUGUAUAUAUAUAUAUAGAUAUCUAUCGCUGACGCAGCAGAAUACUGAUUCAGUACAGCAACAAGCUCCACACAUGGCUAACAGACUAUCCCUAAGCUUCCUCUCACUCCUCUUCCUCCUCCUCUGCGGCGUCGCCUACGGAGGCCGUCUCAUCUCCGACGGCGUCCAUGACGAUUUCCGCCAACCGUUCCUCCGCCUCUAUCCGUUCUCGGCAUCAGAUUCUUGCGAGCAGUCGUACGGUUUUAUGCCCUGCACUACCACCGCACUAGGCAAUCUCUUCCUCAUCAUUGUCUAUGGUUACCUAAUGUUCCUCGCCGCCACUUAUCUAUCCAAUGGAAGCGAGCUCUUGUUAGAGAUUCUCGGCCCUGGUAUCAUCGGCGGCCUCUUUCUUCCCAUUCUCGGCGCUCUUCCUGAUGCCAUGCUCAUUCUUGUAUCUGGACUCUCUGGAAGUGCAGAAACUGCUCAAAGUCAGGUAUCAGUUGGAAUGGGCUUGCUAGCUGGCUCAACAGUCAUGCUGCUUACAGUAAUAUGGGGAACCUGCAUUAUUGUCGGCAAGUGUGAUCUUCAGGAUUCAAUUGCAAUAGAUGAAAAAGAUACCAAGGGAUUUGACUUGACUGGGUCUGGUGUUAGUACUGAUAUCUGGACUAGCUAUGCUGCAAGGAUCAUGGCAGUAUCUGUCAUCCCUUUCCUAGUCGUCCAGUUACCACAAGCUGUCCAUUCAACAUCAGGAAGGCAUUUAGCAGUCUUGAUUGCACUUAUUAUCUCCCUCCUACUACUUGUUUCUUAUUGCCUUUAUCAGGUGUUUCAGCCAUGGAUCCAAAGCAGAAGACUUGCUUUUGUAAAACAUAAGCAUGUAAUAUCGGGAUUUCUGAAAUAUAUGAGAACGAGCUCACUAGAAGGGCUCCUCACAGAUGAGGGAAAACUUAAUGAAGAUGCUAUAAAGAAGCUUUUUAAGAUGACCGACAGUGAUGGUGAUGGAUAUAUUUCAGCUCCUGAAUUAAGAGCACUGAUUGUAGGAAUUCGAUUUGAAAAGAUAGGAGAGGAUGAUGCUGCCGAUAAAGUGAUGAAAGAUUUUGACAUGUCUGAGGAUUCUAAUAUUGAUCUGCAGGAGUUUACCAAUGGAAUCUUAAAAUGGCUAGAGGAAGCCAAGCGAUAUGGUGCUUCUCCUGAGACUCUGAAUGACUUUCAUGAGCAAUCAAAGCGAGAACAUUAUCUAUUGGGGGAUCAAACUGACGAUGCUGCUGAGGGUGUUGAAAAUCCCAGGUGGACCACAUUUAAAGCAGCAUUAUUAUUGUUGCUGGGAACUGUCAUUGCUGCUGCAUUUGCUGAUCCUUUGGUAGAUGCUGUUGAUAAUUUCUCUAGUGCCACAAGCAUUCCUUCUUUCUUCAUCUCGUUCAUUGCACUGCCUAUGGCAACGAACUCCAGUGAGGCAGUGUCAGCUAUUAUCUUUGCCAGCCGUAAAAAAUUGAGAUCUGCCUCCUUAACAUUUUCUGAGUUAUAUGGUGCUGUAACCAUGAAUAACGUACUAUGCCUUUCAGUGUUCUUGGCCCUUGUUUACGUCAGGGGACUGACCUGGGACUUCUCAUCUGAGGUGUUGGUUAUUCUCAUUGUGUGUCUUGUAAUGGGUGCCUUUGCCAGCUUCCGGACCACUUUCCCUCUCUGGACUGCUUCUGUAGCUUUCUUGCUUUACCCAUUCUCUCUGGUUCUGGUGUACGUUCUUGACUAUGUUUUUGGCUGGUCAUAGAUUGAUAGAGGUAAAUGGUAAUGCUCUUUGGUGACUCUAGUUAAUCAUCUUUUGCAUAUUACGUUCUAAUUAACUGAUUAGGAUUUUUUUUUUUUUUUGGUAUGUUCGAGUUACAUAGCAUUACCACAACUAACUUUAUUUCGGAGCUAUGACAUGGCAAAUUUUCUAGUAAUAUAGAAAGCCUAUUCUUCGUCUUGCCUUCUCCCCCCCUUGACAUGUUUUUAGUAUCUUGUAUAAUUUUCAAAUAAAAAAAGGGAGUUUAGUUUUUC